AUGCAGGGUCAGACAGCAGUACUAACAGUAGAAUCUGGCAAGAAAAUGGUUCCAGUGAAACUCCUCAUCCUGGGAACUCAGAACACUGGAAAAACAGCACUGUGUGUUCGUUUCAUAACCAAGCGAUUCAUCGGCGAAUACGACCAUAAAAAGGAGGUGACCUACAGAUGCCGUAGGGUGGUGGACCAGGAAAUUGUUGAUUUGGAGAUAUUGGACACAGCUCCUAAGGACACUUCCCUGGCUUCUCUAGAGUCUUCUAUCCGCUGGGCUGAUGGUUUCCUGCUGCUCUACUCCAUCACACAACGCCUCAGCUUCCUGGAGGUCCCACAAUUCAAGAAACUCAUUGAUCAAACCAAACAGAGCUUAGUUGUUCCCACAGUUCUGGUUGCCAACAAGACAGACAUGGAGAUUGGUAGGGAGGUAACAACAGAGGAAGGACAGAAACUGGCCAAGGAUUUAAGGUGUGGUUUCAGGGAGCUGUCAGUAGCAGAGGCUGUGCUAGCAGUGGAAACAGCGGUGAUGCAGCUAAUUAGGUUGGUGUUGGACCAGCAGCGCCCUCUGUUGCCCGACCGUCGUUCCUACAUGCUAAGUGUUCGCCAUGCUCUGACCAGGAAGCUGAUACGAUCGAAAACCAUGCAGUGGUGACCACAGCGACCACUCU